ACUCGCUGGUUACUCGCAGCCCAGUGUUCCAUUGACGGUGCUGAAGGUUGGGCGUGACGGUGCCCGAGGGUGGCUAUUAGCGGGGCAGCUGGAAACGCGCCUUGCGGUGUGUGUGUGUGAGUGCCUUUAAUGCCCUGCCGGAGUGACAGGGAGAGUGCCAGGGGUGCAACGGCUGGAUAACUGUCCAGGUUCCCUGUGUGUGUCUCAGGUCGCCGGAUGCCAAACUUGGGGUAGUGACGAGGUUCAGCGCAGCGGCGCUGACUCGGGCUGCGAAAGGUCGUAGAAGACGGCGGCGGCAGCUGAAGCACUAACAACAGGCGGAGGGUGAAGUCCCUCGGGCGCGGGCAGGAGGUGAGCCCCCCCCCCAGGCAGCCAUGGGGCGGGGGGGCGUCGUGGGGGGCAGGUAGUGGCCAGCAUGGCGCACCUCCACGACCAUGACCCCGACAACGAUGAUAUCGAAAGGGAGUUGUACCAGCUGGGCCUCACCGACACACCGCCGCCCCCGCCACCCGCUCUCCGCGGCGCCCUCCCGCCGCCUGGCCGCUUGCGUCCUCCGCCCGCAGUCGCUCCGCCCCUUCUAUUCAAGAGGACUCGUUUGUGGACCCUCCAGUGGGAGUCCACCCGCGACCCCAGCAGGCCCCUCUGACCCAGCAUGGCCUCGUUGUCACUGGUGAUCUGGGCCGCGCCAGGCUUGGUCUUUGGGGCGGCGCACCUCCGCCUCGGUUCGCCGUGCACCACAGCCUCACCAACCUGUCCCUCGAAAACCCUGGACACACCAAUCCGACUCCAACAUGCAACCCCAACCCUGCCCCCAACCCUGCCCCUCCAACUGCCGCCGCCGCCGCUGCUGUUGCGCUCUACAACGGCGCCUUGGUGACCACUGGCGGGGAGGAGCCGCCCGAGGCCACGCUGCCGGCGUUGACCACGGCGGCGGCGGCGGCGGUAGUGACAGCGUGGGGGCAGGAUCCGGGAGGCGUGCACUACCCUGGCCACGUGAUGCCGCAGGACUUCAACAAAUUGCCCCGCGGCCCACGAGGCGUCUCCCCGCACCCUGACGUCACCGAUGAGGACGAGGAGCGCCUCGCGGCCCUGGUGUCCAGCGUGGAAGCGGCACUGCGCAGAAUUCACUCUGGGCUGCAGGAGUCCUACAUUAUGUACGAGAACCCCGACGAUGAAGAAGACCCUCCCCCUCCCCAGCCCGUCACGGCCUCUCUCAGGGACCCACCGCCCUCCCCAGUACCCCCUCAUGAGAUUUCUGGCUCCCCGCCGCCCCCUGCAAGCCCGCCUGAGCCCCUGGCUGCCGGGCCACCGCCCGGAGGGAUUGGAGUGGGCGCCCCUCGCCUGGUGGGGCCUGAUAACGCCUCGCGUCUUUCGCGGGAGUUGGGCUUCAUCCCCAUUCAGGAAGGCGCCCCCCAGCCUCCCCCGCCUCCACCCCGCCCUGCUGAACACCACAAGGCCCACCACCACCGGCAUCACCUCCACCACCAACACAAGCUCAGCAAGAAGGUCAAGAAUCACAAGUCCAAGGUGCUGUUGUCUGGGCUGAUGAGCUGCCCCGGGCCAGGCUUUCGGUUGCUGCACCUCAGGCGGGAUCCCGCGUCAGGACAAGGCUUUGGUUUCUCCAUCAAGGGUGGACGUGAGGCCGGAAUUGGCGUGUACGUGUCCCGAGUGGAGCAGGGCGGGCCGGCGUGGCGGGCGGGGCUCAGGCCGGGGGACCUGCUGCUGGCUGCCGACAACACCAACUUCUCGUCCGUCACACACACCGAGGCCAUCGCUGCUAUCUUGCUGCUGAAGUCCGCGGAGGAGGUAACGCUGACGGUGGCGACAACGAGCCAGCUGCCGGCGCCGGUGGUGGUGGCUCAGACCUAUUCGUGGGUCACUGCCGACGGCCGCGCCACCUCCCCGCCUCCUGAGUACAACCCCAGGCUACACCACCAUCAGGUCUCCACGGUUGAGGUGGAGGUGGUGGGUUCGGAGUCCUUGGGUCUUAUGAUCAGAGGAGGUGUCGAAUACUCGCUUGGCAUCUUCAUAACAGGGGUAGACCAGGACUCGGCUGCUUACAAGGCUGGUCUCAAGGUAGGCGACCAGAUUUUGGAAGUCAACAGCGAGAGUUUCCUGGCAGUCACUCACGACACAGCAGUCAACAUCCUUAAGUACUCCCGCCGCUUGCAACUUUGUGUGCGGCGCGUAGGAAGGAUCCCUCACUCCUGCACCACCUACGACCGACGCUCCUGGCCGCCCUCCGCUAAGAAAGACAACGGAAGAUCGGCGGAGAACAUGGAGGCGACACUGGCGAUGAUCGAGGAGAAGUCGGAGCGGGUGCUGACAAGGACUGCCCACGCGCGCCUGAGGGAGGUGGUGAGUGACUAUGCGGCAGGCAGGGUACCCAUUCACCACCUACUGACCACUGCCAAUGAGCUGCUGACCUCCCCCGACAAGCUGAGUCUGCUGACGGAGCUGCGGGAGGCGGUGCGGCCUGAGGACCAGGUUAUAUUCGAUGCAGCAGUGUUUCGCGGCGCUGCCAGGCCCCGGGAGAAGCAGCAGCCCCGCCGACACAGCCACACGGGGGACUCGGCGGCGCUUGGCAAAGCCCUCGUCAAGCCGUCCGGCGCACACCACCACGCCCACGGGCAGCGCACCGCCCACGCCCGCAAACAGUACGAUGACUUUGAGCGGCCCUCAGGAAGUAGAGGCCGCGAGGAUUAUGAUGGAUUGGCGUCCUCUCCGUCCCGUUUAAGGGAUGAGUACAGCAGGUCGUCCCCACGCGGGAGAGAGGAGUACGACCCCCCAGGGAGGAUGAGGGACGACUACGACUCGUCGCCUUCACGGGUGAGACACGACUAUGACCAUUCGUCUCAGUCUAGAGGUAGAAGUGAUUACGACCAGGCAAGGAACAACUAUGAGGAGUAUGAGAGGUCGAGAGGGAGAGAUGAGUACGAGCGGCAUUCCCCCGCGCCCCGUGUGAUGGACUACUCCCCGUCACGCGGCCUCAAGGACGACUAUCCCUCGCUAGAUGACUACGAAGACUCCCAGGACCCGAGGAGGAGGCGGGACGAGGUGCGGGAGGACGAGGCCGACGAGGACGUAGGAAUCGAUUUUGAACUUCAGGAGUCCAGCACCAACCCCACCGCCCCCUCCUCCGUCAGGGUCCUGGACGACUAUGGCGACAAUAGACUCCGGAACGACUAUGAUUACGACCAUUCCCGCCACAUGGACGACUAUCCCAUGCGCGACGAGUACCCGCACCACUCGCACCACCACCGUGCACUGCAGCGGGACCACAGUGACGCGGACGACUACAGGGAAGUAGAAGGAGACUAUGAAGGCUACGGGCGUCACUACAGGGAGGUGAUUGAGCCAGCCUCGCCCACCCCGAGGAACUCCCACCACUACCACCAACACCACCACCGCCACCAACACCACCUCACCACCGAUGCUCGCCAAGUGUGCGGGGACGGCGGCAGCGGCGGGGGAGGCAGCGGUGGUAGCGGCGGGGGGUCUCCGUCCUCACCUGGAGGCGGGAAGGUGAACAGCGCUCCCCCCACAGUGGACGACUCUAGAGAGGAGACCCACACGCCUUUUGCCUGCACCAGAGGACGACGGACUUCCCUGGUGGUGAGUGACAGUCAGGGCAGGUUCAGGGUGGUGGUAAAGAAAACGCGACCCAAUCUUGGCAUCGCUAUCGAGGGCGGGGCGGACACCAAACAAAAGCUGCCUCGGGUCAUCAACAUAGCGGCCAACGGAGCGGCAUUCGAGGCGGGCGGUCUGAGAGUGGGGCAGCUGAUCCUGGCGGUGGACGGACAGAAGCUGGACGGACACAGUCACGAGGAGGCGGCCCGUCUCAUCGCGGGGUGCUGGGUGAGCCGCUCCAGGCCAGAGGUGGAGUUCAUGGUGGUGGAGAGGAAGCAGACGGCAGCUGACGUGCGGCGCUCCUCCAUCUCCUUGCUCUCCCAGAUGUGAAAGAACGACACCCUGGACGACCUCUUGGUGCCCUUUGGUCGGUCCGUAUAUAGCUGCGUCCCCUGCGGCCCUGAACCUUCCGUGCUUUCGUUCCUCGGGUGCGUCCUGCGGUCAUGGGCAGCGAUUGUAGUAUCAUGAAGGCAAGGCGAGGGACGCGGGGUGAUGCCGUGACUUGAGUAGUGUUUCUUCAUGAAGAGGAAACUUUAGAGUCGCUUCGUUGAGAAUGCUUCUAAUACGUGCCUACCCGCGGUUAACAUAGGUCGUAAGUAAUCAAUUAAAGGUGUAUGGGAUGCUAUAAUUAAGCAAAGAAGAGCUUCCGCAGUCUGUUGAUCCACUUAAGAGUAGAAAGGAUGAAUAAGCAGCAGCACAUCUGUUUGUGAUAAGCUGCAGCGUCCAAUGUAAAGCAAGAGAUGUAGGAUUGUCAAGAAUGAAGACAUAAGAGACGAGACCCUGUGUUAAGUCCACUUAAUUUAAUGCUAUUGUCUAGUUUAUGAAACAGAUGAACACAAAGAAAGAAAAAAAACAGAUAAAUUGCUCAUAUACAUUAUCUACUAAUAACAAAGGGACUUAUAAAAGCAGAAGAGAAGACAAAAAAGUAGCGAGAAAUUUGCACACUAAUUGGAACGAAGUAAUAAAUCAAUUGAGCCACGCCUGUCACUGUAAUAAUGAAGGGGGACUAAUCAUUCCCCUACUACAUGAUACACGUCCAUGCUUGCAGCGCGCCUCGAGGAGGAACAUGUGGCCCGCUUUUACCUGGCAGCGCGGCCCAGUAAGGUGAUCAGGGUCGACAGGUGUGCUGCUCUAACCCACUAACCCGAGACUAACAAGACGAGACUAACCAAGGAGUGAUGGCAGUGUGCACGUGUCUCUGGUACUAACUGACGCCGCUACCUUUAGUGCACGUGUUGUGAGAUGCACGUCCUAACACACUAACAUGUACUUAUUAUUCCUGUUGUUGUUUUGUGGUUACCGUUUAUGAAGUUUGGUGAAUAUUCUGUCUGUCUCCGUCUCUCUGUCUGUCUCUCUGUGUCUCUCUAUCUCUGUCUCUCUGUCUCUCUGUCUGUCUGUCUCUCUCUCUCUCUCUCUCUCUCUCUCUCUCUCUCUCUCUCUCUCUC